ACAAAUAAAAACAUCCGAGUGGAAUCUCUGACAGUACAAAUAGGAUUGAACCCUAACAUUUACUUAUGGAGAGAGAGAGAUAUGGAGUUUAACGUCCAAUCGACGCAAACUAGGUCAUUUCGGGACUAACAUAUGGUUUAAUUUUUGUACCCCCCCCCCCUUUUUUUAUGGAAUACGCGACCUACGAAGAUUUGAGAAAAGAAUAUAUGUAACCCUGGACAAUAAUUUUAUAAUAUUAGAACACUUAGUAUGGAUACAGUCACUGUGUUUAUUAUACUGCAACAUUUCAACAAGAUUUCACAAGUCGCUUUCAGGUUUGGAAGUUUAAGUCAAAUCCAUAAUGGUGUCACUUGUCUCAAUACUCUUCUCGGCAUUAUUUCGACAGAAACCUUUGAUCAGGCGACAUGCCUUUAAUCUGUGUGUACCACCAACCAGCCAUCUUGUAUUAGAUGCAGACGUCAUUGCAUCACGUCCGGUAUUUGUAGUUGGUGAUAUCCAUGGUUGCUGUGAUGAACUACAAGAAAUUGUGUCAGAGGCGCGUAAGGAACACGGGGAUACUUUGUUUAUUUUUGUUGGCGAUAUGGUCAAUAAGGGACCAAAAAAUGUGGAAGUUCUGCAUUUUAUUUCAACGCUAAAAAGUUACGCUGUUAGAGGCAAUCAUGAUGAAGUCGUUUUACGCGAGUUGGCGGAGCUGAAGAAGGAUCCAAGUUACGAGUUGAGAGAAAAGAAUGAAUGGAUGACCUCGUUGACACCGGAGCAUGUAAACUAUUUGAAUAAUUUACCGUACACUAUCUCGUUACCUAGUCUAAAUAGUUUGAUAGUUCAUGCAGGGUUAAUACCGGGGAUUCCCCUAGAACAGAUCGACUAUAACAACAUGACUAAUAUGAGAAAUAUCAUAACGGAGGACUACUUUGACGGACGGGGCCUUGUUGCAUCGACGGGAAUAAAAGACGGCGUGCCGUGGGCUUCGUUGUGGCCAGGCCCUGAACAUGUUUAUUUUGGACACGACGCGCGGCGGAAGCUGCAACAAUAUCCACACGCUACUGGACUUGAUACGGGUUGUUUAUACGGCGGUUGUUUAACCGGUAUCUUCAUAAACGGUUGUAAAAAAAUGAUUCAAAUUCCAGCAAAAAAAGUUUAUGUUGAUCCCAAUGCAUAACUGACGUAUUCUUUGGAUGGUUCAAACUAUUCCCCCUUCUGGAUAAUCGUAUGUCAAAGCUGCUGACUGAUGAAUUAAAAGUUUGGGAGACCAUACAGACUUAUUCCCAAUUUUGAAACGUUUAUGUCACAGCGAUAUGUAUUUUAUUAUACAUGAUGUGAAAUUAGACGAUUACAGACAUAACAAUUCACGGAGAACGGUAAAUUAUAUUUGUACCGACCGGUGAUAAUCUUCAAUGCGUUAAUACCUUUUAAUGGUGGAAUGUGACAUCAACCAUAUAUUUAUAAAUGAUGGAAUGUGACACCAACCAUAUAUUUAUAAAUGAUGGAAUGUGACACCAACCAUAUAUUUAUAAACGAUGGAAUGUGACACUGACCAUAUAUUUAUAAACGAUGGAAUGUGACACUGACCAUAUAUUUAUAAACGAUGGAAUGCGACACUGACCAUAUAUUUAUAAACGAUGGAAUGUGACACUGACCAUAUAUUUAUAAACGAUGGAAUCUGACACCAACCAUAUAUUUAUAAAUGAUGGAAUCUGACACUGACCAUAUAUUUAUAAAUGAUGGAAUGUGACACAAACCAUAUAUAAAUAAAUGAUUGAAUCUGACACCGACCAUAUAUAAAUAAAAGAUUGAAUCUGACACCGACCAUAUAUUUAUAAAUGAUGGAAUGUGACACCAACCAUAUAUUUAUAAAUAAUGGAAUGUGACACCAACCAUAUAUUUAUAAAUGAUGGAAUGUCACACUAACCAUAUAUUUAUAAAUGAUGGAAUUUGACAUCAAAUAUAUGAAAAAUAAUGAAUGAAGCAACAUCACCGAAUCUAGCAAUAAAGAAACGGUCGCCAUUUUUUAUGUAUCAUUAUUUAGAUAAUGUUUUUAAUUUCAUGAAUUAAAUUGUUUGAUUUUUAUAGCCAGCAUUCAAAUUCAGUACAUGUAUGUAUAUAACUUCCAUUUUACGCAUAACUUUGGGCAUAGUCAGUGGCACUACCUCAGCACCCACAACCACAGGCGCCUGUAACGUGGAAAAUAUUUCACAAAUAAUAUCAAGCUAUGACUAAGUAUAUGUCUAAAGUCUGUUACGUCCAUGUUCGUAAGCGAGAUUAUCAAAUAACUGAUCUGAUUCCAAUUUCUAACUCUGGGGCAAAUAACUCAUCUGAAAUGAAAUGAAAUGGGGUUUAACGUCCUACUGUUUUGCUCCGAACUGGGCUAAUGAAGACGGACAUACAGUGUGCUAUGAGGGAAAUUUUGCCCGGACAGCGGCACUACGGCCUACUCUUAUAUCGAAUUCCAACUGCCAAGGGAUCUUUAACGUGCACACCAAUGUGUACACGGGACCUCGGUUUUUCGUCCCAUCCGAACGACUAGGUAGCUUUCCUUGUAAGCCCCUCCGUCCUGUAUCACUGACAAGGGAGAACCACGCCCGGAAAAUCUGGAUGAACUUGUCUAGCUCGUUCGGAUGGGACGAAAACCUAGACCCCGUUGGCGUGUACGUAACCACCCCCCCCCCCCCCAAAAAAAUCUGACAGAUGGAAUUCGAAAUAAGAGUCUGACGAAGCGCCGCAGUCUGGGCAAAAUUUCCUUUAUAGCACACUGUGUGGCGUAUGUCCGCCUGAAGUGUUUUAUGACAUUUUCGCAGUUCUUGAAAACAACAAGAGCAUCAUUGUAGAAACAUAGCUCCUAUUAAAAAUAAUGAAUUGUUUA